AUGACUGUCCUUGCCAACUUGAAGAACAUUGCCAACCCAAUCGGUGCUCUCCAUCAAUCAUCGUCGGUGGUGUCUGGUGCCACAUCAACAUCAUCCCAGUCCAACAACAAGGUUGCAUGUUGCUUUGGUCGUAGGGUCGCCCUCAACUUUGGUCUGGCUCUAGGUGGAGGUUGUGGAUGUGGUUGUGGAUGUGGAGAUGAUGACUUUGACGGCUUUGAUGGCUGUGAUGGCUUCGACGACUAG